CAGGAACUCUAAACUCUAGCAGAGCACACCUUUGGUCAUGAAGAGGAAAUAUCAGGAAGCAACCCCCCAAGAGGCGGUUCACGCAUCACGGCAAUCCCAAGUCUAUGGCAACCCUUCAAAACCAGCAAAGAAACCCCGCAGAUUCGAGCCUCCAGUUCAGAGAAAGCAAGCGCAUGCAUCAAGCGUGAAUGCCAUAAAGAAGAGAGUCCGCGAUGUGACGAGGAAACUGGAGCGUGCAGAAGAUCUACCAGCAGAUGUGCGAGCAGAAGAUGAACGGGCACUGGCCGCAUACCAGCAAGAACUGGCAUCUGCACAGGCAGAGAAGACUAGACAAAAGAUGAUUAAGAAGUAUCACAUGGUUCGUUUCUUCGAGCGUCAGAAAGCUACGAGAUUACUGAAAAAGCUGCGGAAAUGUUUACUGGCUGCCGAAUCAACAGAAGAAGUCGAGACAUUGAAGGCUCAGAUGCACGUAGCUGAAGUCGACCUCAACUACACCCAAUACUGUCCCCUCAGCGAGGUUUAUGUCAGCCUUUAUCCUCCGAAGGCCUCGUCUCCUAAUGAUCCGGAUUCUUCGAAGGAGGUUGAAUCGAAGCCGAAGCCACCAAUGUGGGGCGAGGUGGAGAAAUGCAUGGAGGACGGGACUCUCAAUCGUUUGAGAAACAGGAUAUCAGUUGGCCCGGCUCAAGUCUCGAAAUCUUUGGAGAGAAAACCAAUAAAGGCGAAACCACAACCCCCUCCGGUGGACAUGACUGGAAUGAAUCGGAGGGAAAGGAGGAGUCAACGCGAGGCUAAGGAUUCCAGGACUAAGAACAAGUCCAUGGCAUUUGCGAAGAACGAAGCAUUCGGUGCUUUGCAAAAUGCAACGGGCAAUGAGAAUGCUGGCCAGGCUGAUGAUGACAGUGAUGGUGGUUUCUUUGAGCAGUGAGGAAGAGAAUGGACGGUCAUGGAAAGCAUUGCUCGGCGUUAACGUGUUUCAUGAUACCCUGGUAUAGCAUUUAAGUAAAAGGACAAGGCUUUUAAAAACUCUCUGGGCAUCCCGUGUUCACGAUCUGAAUAAGCUCAUGGUAGCUGAUAAUCAUCGAUUGCAAGUGCACUAGACACUCUCACACAAGCUGAAGCAUUAUGGGUUCG